UGGAACUCGCUGUAUCAGUCUUUAAGCGAACUUCAACAUCGCAACGACGUGUGAUACACACGUGGAUCAGACUGCGAUUUCAGGGUACUAACAAAACAAAGAGGAGAAAACUGCCCUUUGAAUCAAUUGGAAAACCAACCCUCAAACUAUAAACGAUGUUACAAGAGGUGCACCUGGAGCAGCAGGCGGUUCGGGUGAGAAGAGCGUACAAAGCUUACGGUUCUGGAGGUGACCGUCAAGUUGUACUGGACAACCUGAAUAUGACUGUGCUCAAAGGAUCGAUAUAUGGUUUACUCGGCCCAUCAGGAUGUGGUAAAACUACUCUUCUAAGCUGCAUAGUUGGAAGGAAGCACAUCCAGUCUGGAGAAAUUUACGCCUUAGGAGGCCAUCCUGGGAGCAAAGGAAGCGGAAUACCUGGCCCUAGGGUCGGCUAUAUGCCACAAGAAGUUGCUUUAUACGGGGAAUUCACGAUAUGGGAGACGCUGAGGUACUUUGGAUGGGUGAAUGGAAUGACUGCAAAGGACGUAGAAAAAAGGGCAGAUUUUCUCCUUGACCUCAUGCAGCUCCCUAACAGACACGCUUAUGUCAAAUAUUUAAGUGGAGGGCAGCAGAGGAGGGUUUCAAUGGUCGCCACAUUUAUACACCAACCUGAACUUCUUAUUUUAGAUGAACCGACUGUAGGUCUUGAUCCAGUGCUAAGAGAAAGAAUAUGGGAGCAUCUUGUGGAAAUAACAACGCUUAAUAAAACCACAAUUAUUAUAACCACACAUUAUAUCGACGAAACCAAACAGGCUAACAAAAUAGGUAUGAUGAGGAAAGGAAAACUGCUCAUAGAAGAAUCUCCUUUAGGUUUGUUACAAAAUUUUGGUUUAAAUUCACUUGAGGAAGUCUUCCUUAAGUUAAGCUAUGAUCAGAACGUUUCAAGACAUAGUAAUAACGAAAGACCUGUAGUUACACCUACUCAACCUGAGGUUGAAGAGAUGGAGGUAAAGGAAGAGAAAACGGAUAUUUGGAAAGAUAUUACAAUGUUAAUAAAACCCCAUCACAUAAAAGCACUGGUUUGGAAAAACGCACUCUGGAUGAUCAGAAAUUAUGGUAUGGUUCUGUUCAUCUUUUUUCUACCGCUUAUUGAAAUGUUUCUAUUCUACAAUGCCGUCGGAACUGACCCUAAAGGGUUGAAAUUAGCAGUUCUAAAUCGGGAAUCUCCUGAGAACAUAUUAUGCUCGUACAACUCGUCCUGUGAUUUGAAAAUGCUAUCUUGCAGAUUUCUUCGACACCUUAACAAGCGGAACCAUGAACUGGUGCCAUACCAAGAUUACGACAAAGCGAUUGAAGCUGUGCGAAGAGGAUGGGCCUGGGCGUUCAUUGAUUUUCCUGAAAGAUUUUCUGACAACUUGGCCGAUAGAUUUGAAUAUGGAAAAAUGGCAAAUGAAACCACUUUGGAGGAAAGCGAAAUUGGCAUACAUAUGGACAUGUCAGACCAACAACUGGCUUAUAUAAUUCGGCGUGAUUUGAUUCUCAGCCUGAAAGAUUUAGCAACCGAUGUGACGCAAGCCUGUGAUUUGACAGAAGGAGUACUUAUGUCACCUGUUCAUUUUAAGAAGCCAAUUUAUGGUAGUAAUCUGCCUAACUUCAAUAGUUUCAUGGCACCAGGUGUACUAUUAACGAUCGCUUUUUUCCUAUCUGUGUUGACAACGUCUGGGUCAAUGCUUUUCGAGCGAAAUGAAGGAAUUUUUGAACGCUGUCUUGUCACAGGGAUAACUGUAUUUGAGAUAUUGUCUUCACUUAUUAUAACACAGCUGGCGAUGCUGAUUGGAGUCUGCUUAAUGAUGAUUAUGCUGAGUGUUUAUGUUUUUCAUGUAGAGAACUGUGGAAAUGUGUUUCUCAUCUAUAUACUCACACUCAUGUCAGGGAUUUGCGGAAUGAGUUAUGGGUUUGUCAUAUCCUGCGUGUGCAGCGUUGAAAGGACAGCGAUGUACGUAUCUAUGGGAAGUUUUCUGCCGUUUAUUGAACUCUGCGGAGUCAUGUGGCCAAUUGAAGGCAUGCACGCCUCGCUAAAGCCGAUCACAUACUUCCUACCACUGACUUAUCCUACAAAUUCAAUGAGGGCCAUGAUGGGCAGAGGGUGGGACAUGACGCAGUCCACUGUAUAUUUAGGAUUCGUCUCAAACAUAGUAUGGACUUUGAUUUUCCUCUCGACGAGUAUACUAAUACUGAAAUUCAAGAAAGCUUGAAAUUUGUUCCAAUCAGUAUCAAACAAAUCAACUGUGAUCAUAAAUAUUUUGUAAAUAUUUACUUGGGUGUUUUACCUUUGUAAAACAAUAUAUGUAGUUGUAUAAUUUUAUAACUGUUUAAAUGUUUUUAAUUUAUGUGAUCUAGAUUACAAAAAUGUUGUUUAUGCAAACAUUGAACUGUUAAUCAUAAGUACAAAGAUCUGGUAUGUUUUAAAAGUACUGUUUAAUCUAGCGUUUUAAUAUUGAUAUUUUCUAUAGAAUUUGAUAUUUAAUUUUGUAAAUAUGUCUGAUAAAAGAAAAAUGAAAAAAAAGAAUGAAUGAGCUAUGAAAAAAUUAAAAAUAAGGGCAAAAAAGAUGUCAAGAAUUACUUGAAAUCAUUAAAAAAUAAUUUUAAUAAUGUUACACAAAUGUUUAUAUAAUUGAAUAACACAUCCAUUUAUAAAUUUAAUCAUUGCUACUAAAAACUUCUAUUUUAUGUUUUAUAAUAUAAUAAAAAGGGGAGGUAUUCAUUAAGAACAUGAUUGUUUAAAAAAAAGCUUUAAAUAAAAACAUAAACAUCUGCCUUAAAAAUAAAUGAAUUUUCAAAAAAUUAUUCAUCAAUCAGUCUUUUUGCUGGAGGCAUCGCUUUUCAAUUUUUCGCUGGAUGCUUCCAUGCUCUUGAUCCAGAAGUCCAAAUCUUUGGUAAGCUCAGGCCUUGGGCCAGCUUCGAGUGCUUCCAUGACUUCGUCAACCGGGGCUUCUUUCAUGGUCGCCUUACUGAGUACAAUCGCUCGGAUGAAGUCGUCAUUGGUGACAAAUUUGUGCUCCAAGUAGACCGAUCGGUCCUCCCAGUAUAUCAUCUGUGAACGAAGGUGAAGAUCGGUAUUACCUUCCUGUACCUGAUAUUCGUAGCGGCCUGCAAAGCAUCAGUCUUCCUCUUUACCAUCUCCUCAUAAAGACCGGUUCUAUCAUAGAAGUGAAAUCUAGCAAAAUCCAAAUCUCUAACAAAUCGGGCAUUGUUCAUAUGCUUGAACACGAGAUCCAAAUCUUGGGUGAAGCAGAAACCUAGAAGUUUUGUAAAAUUAAUUAAUGGAAGCAAAUAAAUGUUAACAAAAGUGAACCAUCAAA